AUGGUGCUUGAACUGCUCCUAGCUGCUGGUGCAAUGUAUUUGGGUUGGCAAGGUGCUAGAAAAGCUCGUUGGGCGUAUAAUAGUGCACUAGGAGAAAUGUAUGCUGAACAAUACGGUAACUACUAUAGUCAACCAUAUGGUUAUGGUAGUCAAGGAUACAGUUAUUCUCCAAGUGGUUCAUAUGGUAGUUAUCAUCAUUCAGGAGGACAUCAUCGUCAUUAUUAUUAA